ACCCGGAGCCCUCACCUAUGGCCUCUAGACUGCGAGGCCGCAGGGAGCAGCCCGCUCCGGAUUCCACCACCCUGCCCCUCCGGACUGGCCACGAUGGCCAAUUACAAUACUGGCCGUUUUCUGCCUCUGAUCUUUAUAACUGGAAAAAUAAUAACCCCUCCUUUUCAGCAGACCCCGUGAGACUGACUGAUCUAUUAGAGUCGGUUCUCACUACCCAUCAGCCCACCUGGGACGAUUGCCAACAGCUUUUGCAGGUCCUCCUAACUUCGGAGGAAAAACAGCGGGUCCUUCUUGAAGCCCGGAAGAAUGUUCCUGGGGCAAAUGGACAACCUACGCAGCUUCCAAAUGAAAUUGAUGCUGCUUUCCCCCUUGACCGCCCAGACUGGGACUUCACCACUGAGGCAGGUAGGACCCAUCUACGUCUUUAUCGCCAGUUGCUUGUAGCGGGUCUCCGAGGGGCGGGUAGGCGCCCUACAAAUUUGGCCCAGGUAAGACAGAUAGUUCAGAAGGCAGAGGAAUCGCCAGCUGCAUUUUUAGAAAGACUUAAGGAAGCUUACAGAAUGUAUACCCCAUAUGACCCUGAGGACCCCAGGCAAGCUACUGGCCUGACCAUGUCCUUCAUCUGGCAGUCGGCCGCCGACAUCAGAAACAAAUUACAGCGGCUAGAAAAUUUACAGGGUUGUACUCUACCAGAUGUAUUAAGAGAGGCAGAGCGCAUCUUUAACAAGAGAGAAACCCAGGAAGAGAGGGAAGAGAGAUGGAGAAAAGAGGAUCGAGAAAGGGCAGAAUCGAGGGACAAGAAGCGUAAUAGAGAAAUGACUAAACUGUUGGCCACAGUAGUCGCAGAGCAGAGACAGGAUAGGCAGAGAGAGGGACAACGGGGGCCUCGCCUAGAAAGAGACCAAUGUGCAUACUGCAAGGAGAAAGGACAUUGGGCCAAGAAACAAAGAAGGACAUUUCAAAGACCCAAACCCGGUUCUCAGACCUCCGACCUCCUGAGCCUCGAAGAUUAGGGAGGUCAGGGCCAGGAGCCCCCUGAGCCCCGGAUAACCAUACCAGUAGGGGGGCGUCCGGUCACCUUCCUGGUCAACACGGGGGCCCAACACUCUGUUCUAAAUCGGUCACCCGGCCCCUUGAGCCGCCGAACUGCCUGGGUACAAGGGGCUACCGGCGGGAAACAAUAUCGAUGGACCACGGACCGCCAGCUCCACCUAGCGACCGGUAAGGUGAUGCACUCCUUUUUACAUGUUCCUGACUGUCCACACCCCCUCCUGGGUCGAGACCUCCUAACGAAGUUAAAGGCUCAAGUACAUUUUGAGAAAGCCAACAUAAGAGUCACGGGGCCAAAAGGGGCCCCACUCACGGUGCUGACCAUAGCCUUAGGGGAAUAAUAUAGAAUACAUGAGCCCAAGGAUGACUCUUUUAAGGUCAAAGACCGCUGGCUGACCGACUUUCCCCAGUCCUGGGCAGAGACUGGAGGAAUGGGACUAGCCCUCCAACAGGCUCCCAUCAUAGUCCAUUUAAAGGCAUAUGCUCUCCCGGCCUCAAUUAAGCAAUAUCCCAUGUCCCGGGAGGCCCGCGAUGGGAUCAAACCUCACAUUAGGAGGCUACUGGAGCAGGGCAUUCUAACCCCCUGCCGGUCCCCCUGGAACACUCCCCUGUUGCCAGUCAAGAAGCCCGGAACCAAUGACUAUAGGCCGGUCCAGGACCUCCGGGAAGUCAAUAAGCGGGUUGAGGACAUACACCCCACGGUCCCCAAUCCCUAUAACCUCCUGAGUGGACUGCCACCUGACUAUGUUUGGUACUCAGUCCUGGAUUUAAAGGAUGCCUUCUUCUGCCUACGAUUACACAAAGACAGUCAGCCACUGUUUGCCUUUGAAUGGCAGGAUGCAGACCUGGGAAUCUCGGGACAACUUACAUGGACUAGGUUGCCCCAAGGGUUCAAAAAUAGCCCCACCCUCUUUGAUGAGGCCUUACAUCAGGACUUGGCCGGAUUUAGAGUCCACCACCCUGAGGUCAUCCUCUUACAAUAUGUGGAUGACAUCCUGAUAGCCACCAAAACAGAGGAGGAAUGCCUUAGGGGGACUGAAGCUCUCUUAAAGACUUUAGGAGACUUGGGGUAUAGGGCCUCUGCCAAGAAGGCCCAAAUCUGCCGGACCCAGGUCACCUACUUGGGGUACAGAAUCCAGGAUGGAAAACGUUGGCUAACAGAAGCCCGCAAACAGGCCAUCCUUGACAUCCCUCCUCCCAAGACCCCCUGAAAACUGCGGGAAUUCUUGGGAACGGCAGGUUUCUGUAGGCUAUGGAUCCCCGGGUUCGUGGAAAUGGCAGCACCCCUGUACCCCCUCACCAAGACGGGGGCUGCCUUUGACUGGGGGGAGAGCCAGGAGAAAGCCUUCAUGGACAUCAAAAAGGCUCUGCUCAGCUCCCCAGCUCUGGGGUUACCUGACCUGACUAAACCCUUUGACCUAUUCGUGGCUGAGCAAGAGGGUUAUGCGAAAGGGGUCCUAACCCAAAAACUUGGACCCUGGAGACGACCGGUCGCCUACCUAUUUAAGAAAUUAGACCCCGUAGCGUCAGGAUGGCCCCCAUGUCUCCGCAUGAUCGCCGCCACCACAGUUCUCAUAAAGGACUCUCACAAAUUGACUUUUGGGCAGCCUUUGACUAUCUAUGCCCCCCAUGCUAUGGAGGCGGUCAUCAGGCAGCCACCGGGUCGCUGGCUCACCAAUGCCAGGAUGACCCAUUACCAGACUCUGUUGCUGGACAAGGACCGAAUUCACUUCGGGGCUCUGGUGACCCUAAACCCCGCCUCGCUACUUCCCCUUCCUGGGGAGGCAGAGACUCAUGACUGCUUGCAGGUCCUGGCCGAGGUCCAUGGGCCGAGAACUGACCACACGGAUCAACCCCUUCCCAACCCCGACCAUGUCUGGUUCACGGAUGGAAGCAGCUUUGUACAUCAAGGGGAGCGGAAAGCCGGCGCUGCGGUGACAACUGAGUCGGAAAUAAUUUGGGCCAAGGCCCUGCCGCCGGGAACAUCGGCCCAACGAGCAGAGCUGAUCGCCUUAACACAGGCCCUGAGACUGGCAGAAGGUAAGAAACUCACUGUCUACACAGACAGCCGCUACGCCUUCGCCACAGCCCACAUCCAUGGUGAAAUUUAUAGGUGAAGGGGGCUAUUGACCUCAGAGGGCAGAGACAUUAAAAACAAAAAGGAAAUCCUGGCCCUCUUUGGAGCUCUGCACCUGCCAACCACCCUCAGUAUCAUACAUUGCCCAGGGCACCAGAAAGGCGACAGCCCAGUCGCCCGGGGAAAUCGGAGGGCAGACCUGGCCACCCGGGAGGCUGCCCUGGCCAUGAAAAGACUGGGGGCGACCCGAGUACAUGAUGGUCUCUGGACCUAUCAAGGAAAAACUGUCCUUCCCCGCCUAAUGACUAGAUAUCUGAUUAACAGCCUACACAAACUCACUCAUUUGAGCUCCAGGAAAAUGCGAGAACUGUUAGCCCGGGAAGAAAAUACCCGCCACCUGUUGGGAAUGGAAGAAUUACUAAAACAAGUAACUGAGCGAUGUGACACCUGCGCCCACGUAAAUGCGACCAGGCUAAAGCUACCCAUGGGGACUCGAGCUCGGGGGCACCGGCCUGGGGUGCAUUGGGAAAUAGAUUUCACAGAAAUCAAACCAGGAAAAUAUGGAUACAAGUACCUCCUGGUUUUUGUUGACACCUUUUCGGGAUGGACUGAAGCUUACCCUACCAAGCAUGAGACGGCAAAGGUGGUCACCAAGAAACUUCUUGAAGAAAUCUUUCCCCAUUACGGAAUGCCACAGGUAUUGGGGACAGACAACGGGCCUGCCUUUGUUUCUCAGGUAAGUCAGUCUGUGGCCACCUUGUUGGGGAUUGAUUGGAAAUUACAUUGUGCUUACCGACCCCAAAGCUCAGGACAGGUAGAGCGAAUGAAUAGAACCAUUAAGGAGACUCUAACUAAAUUAUCGCUUGCAGCUGGCACUAUAUCGCUCUUGCUCCCCCUUGCCCUCUAUCGUGCCCGGAAUACACCGGGCCCCCAUGGCCUCACCCCUUUUGAAAUUUUAUAUGGAACCACCAUUCCCUUUGUUCAGUUCUUUGACCAAGAUAUUUCUGACCAUGCCAAUUCCCCCUCUCUUCAAGCUCACCUGCAGGCACUCCAGCUGGUCCAGCAGGAAGUCUGGAAGCCCCUGGCCCAAGCCUACCGAGACCAGAGGAGACACCCUAUCGUCCCCUACUCUUAUCAUUUGGGAGACAGCGUUUGGGUCCGACGCCACCAGGCUAAGAACCUUGAACCCCGCUGGAAGGGACCAUACACAGUCCUGUUGACCACCCCUACUGCUCUCAAGGUGGACGGGAUUGCUGCUUGGAUACACGCCUCGCAUGUAAAAGCUGCCUCCCCUGAGGAUCCGGACCCAGGAUGGAAGGCUCAGCGCACUCAAAAUCCUCUAAAGAUAAGACUUACCCGUUCCUCUCCCUCCUGCUAAUAGCCCUCCUCAUAAAAUCAAACACUGGUUUGGCCUCCAAUCCCCAUACCAUUUAUAAAUUAACCUGGGAGGUUCUCUCCCAAACGGGGGGGAGGUCAUUUAUGCCGUCACGGAACCACAUGCACUUGGGACAUGGUGGCCCACUCUGUGGCCUGAAUUUUGUGAUUUAGUAGC